AUGUCGAAACCCAGCACUUUCAAGGUUAAGCACCUUGGGCGCGACGAUGUCAUCGAGAGACAUGAUACCCUUAUCAAUCCUUCGUUAUCAACCUUGGUCCCUACAGACACGUCUAUUGACCCUGAUCUCAUCACAUUCCAUCGCUCUUUUCCAGAGUCUAAGACAACUCCUUUGAUAGACCUGCCUGAAGUGGCUCGAGAGCUAGGUGUUGGCCACGUAUAUGUCAAAGACGAGAGUCUUCGAUUUGGCCUCCCAUCAUUCAAAAUUUUGGGUGCAAGCUGGGGAGUGUUCAGAGCGAUAUGCGAAAGAACGGGUCUUCCAUCAUCUGCAUCACUUGAAGAAGCUGGCCGUGCGGCUCGGAAGGCAGGUAUCAAGUUGGUAUCUUGUACCGAUGGUAAUUGGGGAAGAGCAGUCGCGCGUACUGCCCAAUACAUGGGCAUUGAAGCUACUAUCUUCGUUCCCAAGACUAUGGACCAAGCGACCCAGGAGAAACUACGUAGUGAGGGUGCUACUGUCAACGUCGUCAAUGGCAGUUACGACGAUAGUAUCACUGCAACCAUGAGAGAGUCUGAGAGCUCUGCAGCUAUGCUUGUGAUGGACACGAGCUGGGAGGGGUAUUCGCAAAUACCACGGUGGGUCGUCGACGGUUAUGCCACCAUGCACGGGGAGGUAGAUCGCCAGCUCGAGGAGGCAUGUGAGAAACGGCCAUCACUUUGCAUCGCCUCUGUUGGUGUUGGCUCAUGGGCGCAGUCUGUCGUCUCUCACUACACAGGUCAGGGCUCAGACACAAAGGUUGUCACAGUCGAGUCGGAAGCAGCGCCAUGUCUGAUGGAAAGUCUACACAAUGGAAGGAUCGUUUCAGUCGAGACGGGCUCCACAAUUAUGGAUGGCACGAAUUGCGGUACUGUUUCUACCAACUGCUGGCCAUCUCUCAAGUCAGGAGUUUAUGCUUCGGUGGUCGUCACUGACCUUGAAGCACACCACAGUGUCCUGUAUCUACAAGAUCAUGGUGUUAAUGCAGGCCCAUGUGGAGCGGCUCCGUUAGCAGCUUUAAGGAAGUUGCAUCACAGAGGCGUGCUCCAGGAAGACCCUGAUGCAGUUGUUAUCUUAUUCAGCACUGAGGGCCACAGAGAUUACGUCUUGCCUAGUUCGAAGGGCUAG